CGGUAUUUGUAUUUCCACACUCUUUCAAAUCACGUGACUGUACAAAAUGGCGACCGUCAAACACGUUGUUUUGGACUCGGGAGCGUUUAUAAAAAAUGUUAAAGUCCAGGAUAUUGCUGAAAAUGUGUACACUAUACCAGAAGUGGUCUCUGAGAUUAAAGACAAGGCAACCAAACAGCGUCUUCAAGUCUUACCAUAUGAGCUAAUCUUCAAAGAGCCUUCGUCAGAUGCCAUCAAAAUUGUGACAGAGUUUUCAAAAAAGACUGGAGACUACAGGAGUUUGUCAGCAGUUGAUAUAAAAGUUAUGGCCCUUGCUUAUAUGCUUGAGAAAGAAUUUGUAGGAACAGAUCACAUAAAAACAGAGCCUGAUAAAAAGGUAGAAUGGAAUGCAUCUAAAAGACCCCUUGAAAAGGCCACUGAUAUUGCGGGAUUUUAUGUUAAAACUAAGAAAUCACCAAGUUCAAGAACUACUUCAGAAUGUUCUUCUGUCAAUCCUGAGGAAACUGACCUGAGAUCUGAUGACAUUCCGGACAGGUUUGCUCAGAAUAACCAGGACUCCAAACAGACAGCAAAUGAAAUACAGACUGACACUGUUAACACAGCUGACAGUACUAACAGUUGUGAAAUAAAAUCAGGAGGGUCAAAACAAAAUGUAACUGAAACAAAUGAAAAUGAUAAAACAGAAAUAGAUAUUAAAGAUGAACGUGAAAUGUCAUGUAAUAAGUUUGAAGAUUUAGAAGAAGGGGGUGUAAUUCCUGAUGACAUGAUUGGUGAAGAAUCUGAAAGUGAGGAGGAAGAUGAGGAUGAUGAAGAUGAGGAUGAUGAUGAUGGGUGGAUAACGCCUAGUAAUAUUAAAUCUGUGAAGGAAAAGAUGGGUGGAGGUGAUGUAGAGAGAGCAGAAGUUCAAGUUGGUUGUUUGACUACUGAUUUUGCAAUGCAGAAUGUAUUGAUACAAAUGGGUCUCAGUGUGGUAUCAGUGGAUGGGAUGCUGAUCAAGAGAGCAAAGAGUUUUGUACUCAGAUGUUUUGCUUGCUUUAAAAUUACAACCCAAGUAGAGAAGACAUUUUGUCCCCAGUGUGGUAACAAAACACUCACUAAGGUUUCUAUGACGGUGAAUGAUGAUGGUUCCAUUAAGUACUUCCUGUCCAAGAGGAGGCGCAUGAACUUGCGGGGAACCAAGUAUUCAUUACCUAUGCCAAAGGGAGGUAAGCAUGCUGCCAAUCCACGCCUGGUUGCAGAUCAACCUUCGGCACAGAACAGAAUAUCAAAUAAAGCUCGUGCAAAAAUGGACGUGUUUGACCCAGACUACAUUGCCAGCAGCUCUCCGUUUGCUGUUAACGACGUCACAAGUAGAGCAGCUCAGCUGGGCAUAAGGUCACAUAAAGGUCAGACACACUACUGGGAACGAAAAAACCCAAAUGCUGUGAAAAAGAAUAGACGAAAAUGAUAAAAUAACUAAGAUAUUGGUAGUGAAUUUGUCUAAUAAAGAUCUGUGCAAGUGGAAAAUAAAUUAGUGAAACACA